GAAGUUUUGCUUUCACAACAUGCACAUGUAAGAGGCUUGUGGUUGUGGACAUUUCAGAACAUCAACCUUACAAGUCAAAAAUUCCUGUGAUGAUUGCCAUGAUAUACACCAGAUGUUGGUGUGGUUAUCCAUGUGACAUCACUCAGCUCCACCAGCGCAAACAAAAGGAGGAUGCUGAGCUGGAUGCGGGAGCCAAAUCCCGUUAAAAUGCUGUUCUUUUGCUUUAUUAUGAGGCCGAAAUAACACCCAACCAUGUAAUAAUUGUCCGUUAUUAAAUGGAUAAAUGAAGUGGCGCAGGGUUUGUUGGAAGAAGCGGGAUGAGAGAGAGAAUGUACUGGGUCGCUGGAUUCGCCGCCUCCCGGUCGUUCGUGGUUGAUCUCGGCCGGAAUCAGAGCCCGUCCCUCGGGUUGUGUGGCUCUGAUGAGCGUCAGUUAUUCUAUGGGUACAUAGUAACCGUCCCUCUGCAGGAUUUUGGUGUGAUCAUGUCGGGACUGGUGUCGGAUUCCUGGUGGAGGAAGACUCUUUACAUCACCGGUGGUGCCCUUCUAGCUGCGGCUGCCUAUCUGCUACACGAACUCCUCUCCAUCAGGAAGGAGCAACAGUUAGAUUCUAAAGAUGCCAUCAUCCUUCACCAGUUUUCCAGGCCAAAGAAUGGGGUGCCAAGCCUGUCACCUUGCUGUCUGAAAAUGGAGACCUAUCUGCGCAUGGUUGAUCUGCCCUAUCAAAAUUACUUUGAUGGAAGCCUCUCUGCUCAAGGCAAGAUGCCUUGGAUUGAGUAUAACUAUGAGCAGGUGUGUGGAACUGAGUUUAUUAUUGAUUUCCUGGAGGAGAAACUUGGUGUGAGCCUUAACAAGAGUCUGAACGCUCAGGAGCAGGCGGUAGCACGGGCCAUUACCACAAUGGUGGAAGAACAUUUGUACUGGACUAUUGCAUAUUGUCAGUGGGUGGAUAAUGUUCAUGAGACUCAGAGCAUGCUUGAUCUUCCCGGACCCCUCAGUGACCUGCUCAAAUGGAUUUUGUGUCAGCUGACUGGUGGAAUUGUAAAAAGAGAGAUGUAUUGUCAUGGCAUUGGCUGCUACACUAAAGAAGAGGUUUACAGUCUCAUGGAGAAAGACAUGCGCACAUUGGCCACACUGCUAGGGGAUAAGAAGUACAUCAUGGGUCCCAAGCUGUCCAGUGUGGAUGCCACAGUGUUCGGUCACCUUGCACAAGCCAUGUGGACACUGCCUGGCACACAGCCCGAGCAGCUCAUUAAAGGAGAACUGAUUAACCUGGCCAUGUACUGUGAGCGCAUAAGGAGGAAAUUCUGGCCAGAAUGGUUUGAAGACUUGGAGGACUUCUGUUAUGACAGUGAUAAUGACACCACCAGUGGAACGCCCAACAGCCUGAUGGACCUUGGUCUCUUUUCCAGGACAGACACUUUAGAGGAGAGUGUUCUAAGCUCCCCAUUACACAGUAAUACACACUCGCAAGACACAGACCACUCUGCACGUUCACUGUCCGACUCUGACAUUGAAGUAGACGGCUCAGAUUUGGAGCAGCAGCUCAAGGGUUAAAUCGCAUACUCUCUGCCCUUUGUUAGGGGUGGCUGCUUAUAUUAAAGGGAUACCCUUUUGUUCCCACCAAUCAGAAAGUUUGCUGUAACCUCUAUUGUAAAAGAACACUAUGGAGUACGUGAUGGCUCCCAGUUCUUCAAAACGAAAAUUGACAUUUCUUGUCUGGAUGAAUGGACCUAAAGUAGAAACGGAGUGUGUAUAUGUGUGAGAUAUUCUGUAUCGAAUAGGAGUGUCAAAAUGACAUCAGUCAUGGACAUGUGCGGCUCAAGAUUUACACCACAGAAGUUGGAUGCUCUCUUUUGCUACCUUUGUGAGAUGUGUAAAAGACCAUCUGUUCGGUUGCAGUUAAUGAAUCACCAUUGGAAACCCAUUAUACAUCAGUUCUCUCAAAUUACAAGUGUUUGUUAUGCCACCGUUUCAGUCUGGCUUUUAGUUUCAGGUUUUAUUUUAAAGGAAAACAAACUUUUCUGUCAUUCAACCAUCCCAGCUGAGAGGGAAGCAGUUCAGGGUUUAGCCACAAGAGGUCUUCAUUGUUGUAACCCUAUGUGUUUCUGUAGUUAUAUGCAUUGUUAACCUUAUACUACAGCAAAAAAAAAAAAAAAAAAAAAAAUUAACAUUCAAAACAGUAACCUAAAAUGUUGUUCCAAACAAGACAGGUUGAUCAAAUACAGUGGGGUUCUAAAGUCUGAAUCCACUCGUGAACAUGUUCCUAUUUUUCAUUACAAAUUAUAUUAUCAGCAUAACAAAUUGAGUGAAAAGGUGAAUUGAAAUAUUGACAUGCAUUUCUUAGUAUUUGGUAUGUCCCCCUUUUGCUUUAAUGACAGCAUGCAUUUAAACUGGCACAGAUUCUACAAGUUUGUGCAAAACCCGAUGAUCCAUGUUAUCCCAGCAUUCAAUGGAAGCAACGAAAUCUGACCUUUUUGCACAAAGGAGUUAAGGUCAAUGUAACAAAUUUGCUUAUUUGAUAUGCCCUAGAAAUCAUGCAGAUUCUUGAAUAGUUCUUAUUAAUUUUAUGUCAUAAUGUUUCUUUGUUUUAAAUGUUUCAAAAUCGUAAAACUUUUUUUCCAGAUUUAAAUUAGAUUUUAAACUUCAGAUUUUGAAUGUGUAUUCAGACUUUUGAACCCCCCAGUAUGUUUUAAUCUAAUUUUGUUUUUAGAGCAGAAUCAUGGAGGAAAACAUAUUAGCUUGUGUGAUUCCAGGAUGUUUGUGCAAGGUUGACAAGUAGAAUUUUUCGUGACGGACCUACAGCUGUAUGAAUUUCUCCCUCCAGUUUAACCCUGAGAAUUCCUAUUUCCAGAUCAUCUUAACAACACAUAAUCAUGCUGUUAGAAAUGGAUGAGAAAUAAGAGGAUGGAUAAUAGGAUUAUGAAAAUUAUGAAGCAUUUAAUCCCCUUUCUCACUCACCUGACUAACAGAAAUAACACAGGAAGUCCACAUUUAGGCUGAGUAAUAACACAGAACAGUCAUUUUUAUAUACAUUUUAUUUGCUAGGGCUCCAGUGUAUAUCAUGAGUCUCGAUCAGACUGAAUGGUGCUUAAUGCCUGUGUGCCUGACUACAGCCAUUUCUUGUGUCUCUUCCAUCUAGAAAUGUAAUACAGACCUGUGUAAUACAGACAUGCUACCACCAGAGGGCACUGUGACCAUUCACACAUUGGGUGGGUCCUAUGCAGCUAGUUGUAUUGCCCUUGAGGGCAUCCCUGCUAGCUUCUGCCUUUAAACAACAUUUUUAAAUAUCAAUAAUUUCAGCACUGUAUAAACCACAGUGAACCUCUAGCGAACACACAGCAGUCAUCAACUUUGUUAGUAAGAGUUAGCGUUGUGAAAAUAUGUUUCUUCAUCUACGUGUGUGUGAUUUAUGUACCAAAGUGUAGCGCGCGCAAACUUUCGCAGAUUUGCCUUAAUACUAGGCUUUUUUAUUUUAUUUUUAUUUAUUUUUUCGGACAACGCUACGAACCAGUAUAUGAUGUCACGCAUCAAAUAUAUUUGGUAUAAUUAAAUAAUGAAUAACAUAUAAAUAAUAUUUUAUUAAAAAUGUUAAAAUAUAUUAUCUACUCACUUUCCUGCAACAAUAAAUAUCGCAGCUUUGAAAUGUGUAUCCUUUGAAUUGAGCCAAGUGGUCAGCGUGUGACGUUUCUGUCUCCUAUUAGUCGCGCGUCCUCUUGAACGAAUUCACGGUUCAGAGUUCACCAAGCUUGAACUUUGGUACGCAGCGUAAUACGAAUGUUUUUUCGCAUGAGGUUACGUUUCCGCUCUGCUGCAUUCGGAUGCGUUUGAAUGAGAGUAAAUUAGUUGAGCGAAAGUUAAUAUGAUCAACAGUCGCAUGCUGAAUUUACCCUCUUUCUGUUGAAUUUACUUGAAACCCAAGCCAGUCCUAAUAGAAAAGUUAAUUUAUUUCUAUCCCUAAGGUAGUACUAUGUUUUAUGCAGAAAUCUGUUGUUUACUUUUCAUAUUGUUUGCACACUUUAAAGGGACAGUUCACUCAAAAAUGAAAAUGUCCUGAUCAUUUACUCAUGCCAUCCCAGAUGUGUAUGGCUUUCUUUCUUCUGAAGAACAUAAACAAAGAUUUUUAGAAGAAUAUCUCAACUCUGUAGGUCCAUACAAUGCAAGUGAAUGGUGACUGAACUUUGAAGCUCCAAAAGCACAUAAAGGCAGCAUAAAAGCAAUCCAUAUGACUCCAGUGGUUAAAUCAAAGUCUUCUGAAGCAAUACGAUGGGUGUGGGUGAGAAACAGAUCAAUAUUCAUGUCCUUUUUAUUUAUAUAUAGUUUUUUUUACUAUAAAUCUCCACUUUAAUUUUCACUUCCACAUUCAUCGUCUUUUGUUUAUUGGCAAUUCGCAUUCAUUGUGCAUAUUGCCACCAGUUCAGGGCUGGUCAAAGAUGGAGAUUUAUAGUUUAAAUAUCUGUUUUUCACCAACACCUAUCAUAUCGCUUGAGAAGAUAUGGAUUUAAUGACUGGAGUCAUAUGAAAUUACUUUUAUGCUGCCUUUAUGUGAUUUUUGGUGAUUCACAUUUCUAGCCAACAUUCACUUGAAUUGUGGACCUACAGAGCUGAGAUAUUCUUCUAAAAAUUUUCAUUUGUGUUCUGCAGAAGAAAGAGAGUCAUACACAUCUGGGAUAUGCAAAUGGUAAGAGAAUUGUCAUUUUUGGGUGAACUAUUCCUUAAAGUUAUUGAAAGACUGUGGACAAUGUUAAAAUACAGAUGUAAUUAUGUGAAAUUAUGUGACAAAAAUGGCACUGACAGCAGGGUCCAUACAAUCAAUGAGGUGUGUUAUAAACUGUAUGUGUGUGUAAGAAGUUUACCUGUUAUACAUUGUUUGCAUGCAUGUGUGUGUAUACAUGUGCUCUGGUGUACCAAAGUGCACCACUGGAAAUCCUUUAUCAGAUGUUUAUAAAACCUCUCUCUCUCUCUCUCUCUCUCUCUCUCUCUCUCUUUCUCUCUGUCUCUCUCUCUAUAUAUUUAUAUAUAUAUAGCUUAAUUCCUCUUUACGAUGUCAGGUUUGAGGAAUAAAUCCAGUCUCAUAUGGAUCUUGUGUAAAUAUUACUUAACUUGCAACUUUUGGAUACAAAGUUUCAUGGUGUAAAAGAUAUCUAGUUCAGUAGCUUGAAACUCAACACUCCUAAAAUUGCCUUUUUAAUCCAUGAUAACAGUUAUACCAAAAUUUACUUUAAAAACCAUGCAACACAAAAUGCGUUGGUAGAUUCUCAGAAUUAUUUUUCAUUCUUCAUUGUGAUAUAUGUUGGUCUAUAGAAUUGCAUUCUAGAAAUGUUUCUGUGUGUUGAGAACAUAGCUGGAUUAUGUUCUUAUCUCUAACUGAAAAGAGAUGUUAAAGUUAAUUUUGCGAUUUGUUAUUAAAGUUUUAAAGCCAUAUUACAGAGUUAAUUUCCUGUCUGUGGAAAUAAAAUUAUGAUUAUUAAUGUAGAUUCUACCUUAUCUGAAUCAGCUAUAAAAUAUUGUGCAUAACUGAGACACUCCAAUGAGUGUUUAUUAGUUAUCCUGAGCUUGAGUGGUUGUUUGACAAUGAUUGCUCCGAAACAUUAAUUAAAAUAUCUGUGACGAUUUCAA